UCCCCUCUCAAGCAAAGCAAUUAGUCGAAAAAGCGAAAAUCUGUCUUUAGUUUAGAGUGACUGACAAUUUGGCAAUGAGCCAAGGUUUUGUAGGCGGAAAGUCCCUCACACCUGGAAUUUUCUUAAGAAGAAAAAGCACCCCACCAGUGUUACUAAAAACAAAUUUAUAGAAAUCCUAUAUAUAUAAAGAACAUCUUUCCUUGGUUGUUGCUUUUCCUGACACAAACAACCAAACCGGUGGGCGUCUCUCAGCUUCAUGGAUGAAGUCGAGAUGGGUCUUUCAGAAACUGGGCCCUCGCCUUCCUCCUUGUCUAUUCUCUCUGUUAUCCCCCCUCAAGAUUGUGUCUUGUUCAAAUCCUUCUUCGGAAGCAUCAAGAUUUGUCCUUAACCACGUGGACAUAAGCCUCCUCCUCUCUCUUUGUGGAAGAGAAGGCUAUGUCUUUCUGGGUUCUUCCAUUCAUGCCUCAAUCAUUAAGAACUUUGAAUUCUUUGACCUCGACAGUCCGUUUAACCUCAAAAGUUCUCUUCUUGUUUGGAAUUCUCUCCUGUCCGUGUACUCAAAAUGUGGGGAGUUGCGUCAUGCACUAAAGAUGUUUGAUCACAUGCCAAUGAAAGAUACCGUUUCUUGGAAUUCAAUCAUAUCUGGAAUUCUAAGGAGUGGGGAGCUUGAGAUGGGUUUUGAAUAUUUGAAACAAAUGUAUAAUUCGGGUAUUUAUCGUCUAGAUCGUGCAACUCUAACAACAAUUUUAUCUGCGCUUGAUGGACCAGACAUGUCUUGUGUAAAUGGGAUGAUACAUGCAUUAGCAUUCUUAACUGGAUAUGAGGGGGACAUUGCUGUUAGGAAUGCUCUCAUUACUGCAUAUUUUAAGUGUGGGAAGUUCAGUUCAGGAAAGCAAGUUUUUGAUGAGAUGCUUGAAAGGAAUGUCAUCACUUGGACGGCUGUGAUCUCUGGCCUUGCUCAAAAUCAAUUCUAUGAGGAAAGUUUGAAAUUGUUUGUAGAGAUGUGUUGUGGAUUUGUAGAACCUAAUUGUUUGACAUAUUUAAGCUCACUUUUGGCAUGUUCUGGUCUCCAAGCACUAAGAGAAGGUCAGCAGAUUCAUGGCCUUAUCUGGAAGUUGGGACUUCAAUCAGAUGUGUGCAUUGAAAGUGCAUUGAUGGACAUGUAUUCCAAAUGUGGUAGCAUGAGACAUGCUAUGGAAAUUUUUGAGGCUGCUGAAGUGCUUGAUGAGGUUUCCAUGACCGUCAUUCUUGUGGGCUUUGCACAGAACGGGUUUGAGGAGGAAGCCAUUAAUAUCUUUGUCAAUAUGGUGAAGGCAGGAACUAAGAUUGAUGCAAACAUGGUUUCAGCUGUUCUUGGUGUGUUUGGUGUUGAUACCUCAUUAGCUCUUGGUAAGCAAAUUCAUUUGUUGGUCAUCAAGAAAGGCUUUGAUUCUAAUCCCUUUGUCAGUAAUGGGCUAAUUAACAUGUACUCAAAAUGUGGUGUGCUGGAGGAUGCAACUGAAGUCUUUAAACAGAUGCCAUGGAGGAACUCAAUUUCAUGGAACUCCAUGAUUGCAGCUUUUGCUCGUCAUGGAAACGGCUCUGAAGCACUUCAACUGUAUAAUGUCAUGAAAUUAGAAGGUGCAGAACCGACUGAUGUCACAUUUCUCUCCUUGCUUCAUGCUUGCAGUCAUGUUGGGUUAGUAGACAAGGGCAUGGAGUUGCUAGAUUCUAUGGAAAGAGAUUAUGGGAUCACCCCAAGGAUGGAGCACUAUGCUUGUGUUGUUGACAUAUUGGGCAGAGCAGGGCUUGUGAAUGAAGCUAAGGCUUUUAUCGAAGGAUUGCCAGUAAAGCCAGACACACUUGUUUGGCAGGCAUUGCUUGGUGCUUGUGGCAUUCAUGGCGAUUCUGUACUUGGGAAAUAUGCUGCUGAUCACUUGUUAUUGGCAGAACCCGAUGGUGCUGCGACUUACAUUUCAAUGGCCAAUAUUUACUCUGCCACAGGAAGAUGGAAAGAGAGGGCAAGAACUAUUAAGAGAAUGAAGGAGAUGGGGGUUGCAAAAGAAACAGGGAUAAGUUGGAUUGAGAUUGAGAAAGAGAUCCACAGCUUUGUUGUUAGGGACCAGAUGCAUCCACAAGGUGAAAUUAUUCACGGUGUAUUGCUGGAGUUGUUUAGACACAUGACUGAUGAAGGUUAUGUUCCAGAUAGGAGGUUUGUUCUGUACUACUUGAAUCAAGAUGAAGAGGUUCUUAGCAGUGGUAUAGUUGGAUAGAGAAAGAGGAUAGCAGUUAUGUUACCAAAUUCUGUCUAAUUUCAUGUUUAGAUGUUAGUAUUUUAUAUUCAAACAACCUUUUUACAAAUAAUAUAGGCCUUAUACAUGCAAAUUAUUUUUCCUUGGAAGUAGCUAGAAUAUCUGCAUAUCAGAUCCAGUGGGAAAAAAAUUGGAAAAAGAAGGAAAAAGGCUGAAGGAAAAGAAAUAGAGAGAAAAAAAAAGGGUUUAAAAGAACCAAUUUGGAAGGCAGAGUGAUGAGAAGAAGAGGAGAAAAAGGAAAAAUAAGCAGAGAGGGGAGAGAGAAAACAGAGAUUUCUACACCUAAAAUCAUUAAGAAAUCUCUUUUGCAAUUUUUCUAGCAUAACCAUUGAUUCCUUUCAUUCCAGCUCCAAGAUCUCUUCGUAGUUCAUGAGUGAGUGCCGCAGUAAAAUCAAUCUGAAAUUAUUAUUAUUUUUUUCCUUUUCUUUUCAAUUGCUCUUCUUGUCAAAGUAAGGUCUGGCAAGAGAUAAUACAUGCGCAAUGGUUGAAAUAACCUUCUCCCUCUGAA